GUUUAUCCCGGAUGUUUACUUCUUAUCGCGAUCUCUAGAUUUCGUUGGAAGAUUUUACAAGUUUUUUAAAUUUUAUUUGGUUUGUUUUCCUGCACUUAUUGACAGAGAAACGAUUAUUAGUGUUUAAAUUCAUAGAAUCCUUCCAUGGCAUUGCUGUAUAAAGGAUGAAUAUUUGGGAUAAAAAUACCUAUUACAUGUACAUGUACCACAAGUUUUAAUGGAUUGCCUUAUAAGGACAUAAGUUCUGCAUGAAUAAUAAUCUAGAUCAGUAAAACAGACGAAUUUGAAGAGGGAGCAGAACUACAGGUAUACAGUUAUGUCUUUGGCGGACUUUCUUCGUGGCAAUCUCCCGACUACAGAGGAAAAAGAGGAGUCGGAUUCGGAAGCUCCAAGCUUCCCAGUGAAGUGGAAUACGACAGCCGUCACUAUCCCCGAAGAUGAACACACCAUCUUUGCAGCAGUACGCUAUAAUGACACCCACAGAAUCGAACAGCUGCUUCGUCAGAGUAUAGAUGUUAAUAUUGUACACAAUUCAUCUCAGUGUUUGCUGAGGAAAAGCAAGGUGCAGAAAAGUGUUGCUAUGCAAUUGAAUGAAUACACACCUCUUCAUGUGGCUUGUUUGCAUUCAUCAAUUGAGGUAAUAAAGUUGCUGUUAGAAAACAAGGCGGACGUGAAUAUGAUAGAUUCAACCAAACGCACUGCUCUACAUUAUGCCACCUUGGCAAACCGUCCAGAUGUUGUCAAUAUUUGCAUAGAACAUGGUGCCAACGUUAACCAACAGACGUCGAGCGGGAAGACAGCUCUGAUGUACGCCGUGCAGGAGAAGAACAUGGCCAUUGUUAAGGCUUUGCUGGCGGCUGGUGCUGACGUCACAUUAAAAGACCUCAAAGGUGGUGCGGCCAUUGAGAUUUGUCUACUUUCCGCAGGGAGAAAAAGCAACGUACAGAUUAUUGAGGCUCUCUUGGAAGCUGGAAGUGAUCCUAAUGCUGAGAAUCACUCCAAAGCCACGCCCCUAAUGCUGGCCGCGGGAACAGGGCAGUUAGACGUCAUCAACCUCUUGUUGGACGCGGGAGUCAAUAUCAACCAUGAAGACAACAAGGGAAAGACGGCGUUCCACAUCUGUUGUGAACACACCCGUAUGACCCGAGCAGGUCGUCUGCUUUUAUCCCGGGGAGCAGACAUCAAUCAUAAAGACCAUUCAGUUGUGACUGGAAGCAGUGAAGGGAUUGGGAAGGCGUAUGCCAGGGAGCUGGCCAAGCGAGGUGUGAACAUUGUUCUCAUCAGCAGAGGGGAAAACCGACUGUAUAAAACAGCAGAAGAUAUUAAAAAGGAUUUUAAAGUUCAAACUUGCACCAUAGCACUUGACUUUAACUCUGGGAAAGAUGUAUAUUCAGUUAUAUGGGAGAAAAUAAAGGACAAAGAGGUUGGUAUUUUAGUAAACAAUGUAGGAGUGAUGUACGACUACCCACAGUAUUUUCUGGACGUCCCUGAAGAGAGGCUCUGGCAGCUGAUCAAUGUCAAUGUGGCAGCUGCAACAAUGAUGACAUAUAUGAUCAUGCCACAAAUGGUAGACAGAAAAAAAGGAGCCGUAGUGAUGGUCUCAUCUGGAGCAUGUUCACAGAUCACACCUCAGAUGACUGUUUAUGCAGCCACAAAGAGUUUUCUAGACUACUUUGCCAGAGCCUUAGAUUUUGAAUAUCGGAGUAAAGGAAUCAUUGUACAGUCACUGAUGCCGUUUUAUGUAGCCACCAAAAUGACCCGCUUCAGUCACACCUUAUCAAAUCCCGGUCUGCUUAUCCCCUCCGCUGAGAGAUACGCAGAGAGUGCAGUGGCAACCUUAGGGUACACUAGCAGGACUUCAGGGUACUGGCCUCACACAAUACAGGCUUGGUUUACCAAUUGGAUUCCAGAAUGGUUGUGGAUGAGAGGAGCCACCACACUUAAUAAUGCUCUGCGGAGGCAAGCAGAACAAAGAAAGGCACCGCAAAGUCUGAUAAAACGAGACUCCAGCGAGUUUGAUAUAUCCAAGUUUUCAUGAUACAGUCAAUACAAGGAUACUUUUAACAAGAGAGAGAACAAAGUAACUUGUGAUAAAAUUGAAGAGCAUCUGUUCCCUGUGAUUAGUGAAUUUGUUCAUUCUGGUUCAAAACCGUUUUGAAUAUCUUCACAUCCCUUUUUUUUAUACAAAUUUGAACAAGUCUGGUCAACAAGUGAAAUGGUACAGGUAUUCCGCUAUUCAGGUGCAGUUGAGGUAUUUAUUUCCAAGUGCAGUAAAAUUACUAGCAAUCUAUUGCGGUGUAUUUUAUUUUCAGUGGAACUGAGUUUUAUGUCAAUAAAAUAUGUGUCAACAGUC